CUGCUUUGUAUGGCUUUACAUAGCAGAGCCAUACAAAGCAGUGUGCUUAGAGUGAAACACACACAACCCACAUAGUAAAACAGCAAACGGAUAUUAACCCCUUCAUGCUCAGUGCCAUUACAACAGAGCAGGGGUGGAUUGACAACUCAUGGGGCCCCCGGGCAAUAGGGGAUCAUGGGGCCCCUGUGUCCUUGCCCAAACUCAAAAAAGCCUAUGAAAAAGGUACCAGGGGCAUCUCAUGGGGCCCCCUACUGACACCGGGCCCUCGGGCAGUGCCCGAGUUUCCAAAUGGUCAGUCCGCCCCUGGGUAG